CAACUGCUCCUGGGGGGGCAGAGGGACUGGGGGGACACAGAACCCCCCCGGCUCCCCUCCUGUCGGGGGCCUGCAGAGAGCCAGGAGGGGCCCCCUGAGCCCCUUUUCCCCGGGCUGAGCCCCCCCAGCUCCCUUUUGGAGCAGCCCUUCCACGGGCUGAGCCCCAGUUUCUGGUUUGCAGCCGCACAUUUCCUGUGGAACGGGAGGAGGGAAUCAAAUCUUGGGGUUGUUUUUCCCCUUUGCUCCUGCAACUUCCAGCUUUUGCUUUUGGUUUCGCUGAAUUAUCUCAGCCCCCCACAGCUGGGUGGGAGCAGAGGGGGUUUAUCAGGGGGCUCCUGGGAGAAAAUCUGGACCCAGGCCCAACCAUCCCGGCUAUAAAAAGCCGGAGCAGCCCCGUGUCCCCUGUGCAGGAGCUCAGGGGGGGCCGGGAGCAGCACCCAGAGCCCACACCCAGCGCAGGGCACAGUCCCUCCCAGAGGAAGCGGCCGCGGCCCCGCCUGCGUCCUCCCAGUGUCUGGGGGUCCCUGCAGAGUCUCUGCCCACCAUGGAGCUCCUGCUGCUGCUGCUGCUGGCCGUGCCCUCGGCCACGGGCAUCAAGGAGCUGGCCCUGGACGUGGCCCCCGACGCCUUCGAUGACCAGUACUGGGGCUGCCGGGACGAGAUGCUGCAGAAGCUGCCGAGGCUCAACCGCUCCGAGUUCAGCACCAACCGUGUCUACGCCAGAGCCUGGGCCGAGGCCGCUGCCAGCUGGGGGCGGUCCCGGGGGUCCCGCCUGCGGCAGGACCAGGGCAUCGCCCUCCGGGCACUCGCGGGGCACGCGGAGCUGUACGAGCAGUUCAACAGGGCUGUGCCCGGGGCCGGCAGCUCCCCCCGGCACUAUCUGGACACAUUCGACUUCAAGGUGCUGCAUUUCCUGCUGACCACGGCCCUGGAGGACCUGCGGGAUGCCCCGACCCACCCCCGCUGCCUCCACGUGUUCCGGGGCGUGGACUGUGUCCGCUUCACUGCCCAGCCCGGCGACGUCGUCCGCUUCGGCCACUUCGCCUCCUCCUCCCCCAACAGGACAGUGGCCGAGCAGUUCGGCACCGACACCCUCUUCGAGCUGGACACCUGCCACGGCGCCAACAUCGGGGAGUUCUCCGACCACCCCGAGCAGCAGGAAGUUCUCAUCCCGCCCUUCGAGACCUUCAGCGUCACCAGUGUCACCCGGCGAGGGGACAAACCCCACAUCCUGCUCCGCUCCCUCGGCGUGCACAGCAAACACAACUGUGUCUAUGCCUCAGUGGUCAGCAGAGGCCAAAGGGACCCCCCCCACCUCGGGGGGCUCCUCCUGGUAGCCCUGGCCCUGGCAGUGGCCAUGGGCACCCCCUGAGCCACGAGGACACCGCUGUCCCCUCUGUCCCCGUGCCCGGCCCAGAUGAGGGCUCGGAACGGAGCCCCCGGUGUCCCCAGGACGGGCCGGGGGGCACGGGGACCCCCCGCUGCAGGGGGACACUGCACAAGCCCCGGGGACGCCCUCCCUGAGCCAUGGCUGGGGGGUUGGGGGGCAGCUCAGUGGGGGCACAGGGGGGAUUGGCUUCUCUUCGGGGCGUUUUUUCUCUCUCGGGCUUUUUUUCUCUCUCGCACUAUUUUACCUUUGCUUUCCAAUUAUUAAAGUGGCUUUAGCUCAAC